AUGAGAUUCCAUUUGGCGCCGGCAGUGUGUGUGUCACUGGACUUUGGACUCCACCGCUGGGUGAGUGUGGAUGAUCACCUCAUUCGCCCUCCAUCAGAUGUGACCCCCUCUUCCUCCAACGGUUGUGCGGCAGAGAGUUCGAGGGGUCCCACACCUUUGCUGCCAUCGUUGGAUACUGGUCACCCUACGGAUGGAGAGGCUUCCAGAAAAAGCGAGAAACCAAGAGGUAUGUUUCGAGUUACAGAGGUUGUUGUUGGCUUUGCGGGGAUCGAAGCUGUAAAAGUCAGGUAUCUUGCAGCAGCAUCCAAGAUGAAUCUUUGCAAUCGUUAUCUGUGGACCAAAAACGCCUCGCAGCUUUCGCUCGGUUUCGGUGAGGGCGCGGUGGGGCUUUGGGUGAGAGUCAGAUGGUCCGUCGGGUUGCUAGCUGCUUACCGGAGACCGGCGCCGAUUUAG